AUGGUCCGGUUAGACUGGGCGGCCCUUCUCCUGACGGCCACGGCCGUCGCGCGAGCUGUCACAGCGAACACGCCGAGCAUCGUCCCGGGCGCCUACAUUGUGGAAUAUGAGGAAGAUCAAGACUCUGCCGAAUUUGUGUCUAGUCUUGACGGUGAAGCUUCGCUGCGGAGGGACCUCCGGUUCAAGCUGUUCAAAGGCGCCUCGAUUCAGUUCGAAAAUGUCAAGAAAGCCGAGGAAGUGGCCGCCAAGGUGGCCGAGAUGCCCCAGGUCAAGCGCGUCUUCCCCGUCCGCCGCUACCCUGUUCCGCAUCAUACGGUCCACUCCACGGGAGACAACGUCGAGGCGAUGCUUUCCAAGCGACAGGACUCGGGCAAUGACACGUUUACGCCGCAUUUGAUGACGCAGGUCAACAAAUUUAGAGAUGCAGGUAUCACCGGGAAGGGCAUCAAAAUCGCCGUCAUUGAUACUGGUAUCGAUUACCUUCAUCCCGCUCUUGGUGGCUGCUUCGGGUCUGGAUGUUUGGUCUCUUACGGUACUGACCUGGUUGGCGACGACUUCAACGGCUCCAACAAGCCUACACCCGACGCUGACCCGAUCGACAACUGCAAUGGCCACGGCACGCACGUUGCCGGCAUCAUUGCGGCGCAGUCUAACAACCCAUAUGGAAUCAUCGGAGCUGCUCAGGGAGUCACUCUGGGAGCGUACCGCGUCUUUGGCUGUGAGGGUGACGUCGGGAAUGACAUACUGAUUGCCGCAUAUAACAUGGCAUAUGAGGCUGGGAGCGACAUCAUCACGGCAUCCAUUGGCGGACCCUCUGGCUGGAGUGAAGAUCCAUGGGCGGCUGUCGUCUCGCGAAUUGUGGAGAACGGUGUUCCUUGUGUGGUGUCGGCUGGCAAUGACGGCGCCACAGGCAUUUUUUACGCUUCUACCGCUGCCAACGGUAAGAAAGUUACGGCGAUUGCGUCUGUCGAUAACAUCAUCACACCUGCUUUGCUCAGCAACGGCUCGUUCUCGGUGGACGGCAACAGUUCUGCGGCCUUUGGGUACACCACCGGCGAACCGGGAGAAUGGAAUAACGUCAGCCUGCCCCUCUGGGCUGUCGACUUCAACACAACUGACCCGGCAGACGGGUGCGACCCCUAUCCCGCCUCGACGCCCGACCUUUCCGGUAAUAUCGUACUGAUCCGUCGCGGCACUUGCACCUUUGUCCAGAAGGUGACCAAUGCGCUUGCCAAAGGUGCCAAGUAUGUCAUAUUCUACAACAACGUUCCUGGGACUGCCACCGUGACGGCUAGGGUGGACGGCAUCGAGGGUGUUGCAAUGGUCACGGCCGAGCAGGGUGAGACGUGGAUCCGCGCCCUUGAGGCAGGAUCAAAGGUGGUGGUCAGCCUCGGUAGCCCGACUAGCUCUUCAAAGUUCCUUGCCAACUUCAACAACACGGCGACGCCGGGCUUCCUGAGCGACUACACUAGCUGGGGCCCAACCUUUGAGGUUGAGGUGAAGCCGCAGUUCUCAUCGCCCGGAGGCAUGAUCCUGUCGACAUACCCCCGUCUCCUGGGAUCUUAUGGCGUGCUUUCGGGGACUUCGAUGGCCUGUCCUCUGGCGGCAGCUGUCUACGCAUUGCUGAUUAAUGUCCGGGGCACAAAGGACCCCAAGACCCUCGAGAACCUCCUCUCAGCAACGGCACGUCCUAAUCUUUUCCGUCGGAACGGGGCAUCUCUGCCAUUCCUCGCGCCGGUUCCGCAGCAAGGGGCCGGUCUAAUUCAAGCGUGGGACGCUGCCCACGCGACGACUCUCCUUAGCGAGUCGAGCCUGUCGUUCAACGACACCGACCACUUCAAUCCUGUCCAGAGGUUUGACAUUUCGAACACGGGGACCAAAGCGGUCACGUAUUCUCUCAGCCACGUGGGUGCCGCGACCGCUUAUACCUUCGCCAACGAGAGCACCAUCACACCCAUCACCUUUCCCGGCGAGCUGACGGCCGAUUUCGCGACCCUCUCGUUCGAACCGAGCGGCGAAUUCACGCUCCAGCCCGGCCAGCGCAAGAUCGUCAAGGUAACAGCAGCGCCGCCCAAGGGCUUGAAUGCCAAGCGGCUGCCUGUAUACUCGGGCUAUGUCGCCAUCAACGGUUCGGACGGUUCGGCGCUUUCGCUGCCGUACCUCGGCGUCGCAGGGAGUAUGCACUCGGCCACUGUUCUCGACCGCAGAGGCACCCUCCUCAGCCGCUCCCGUGACAGCAUGAAUACACCGGUGCCGGCCAACGUCACUUUUGUCCUGCCACCGGCUGGCCACGCCAACGACACGUCAUACCGCAACAGGACCGAACUGCCCAAGCUCGUCGCCACGCUCGCGAUGGGUAGUAGAUUGGUGCGUGUGGACGUGGUCCCUGUGAGCAACUGCACCAGGGCUGCCAAGAAGGCCACCGUCGUGUUUGGGACCAAGACACUUGGACAGCCCGAAGGCAUGCCAUCGCUGUACAAUGCGCGGGGCACCUUUGAGUACGAUUGGGACGGCCAGUUGGAUGACGGGACGUACGCGCCUGCCGGCCUGUACAAGCUUGCCGUCAAGGCGCUCCGGAUAUUCGGGGACGAGACGCAGGGCAGCGAGUAUGACGCGGCAGAGACUGUCCCGUUCAGGAUUCGAUACCUAGAAGCGCCAGCAAAGGUCAAACGACAGGACGAGAAAUGUUAA